AUGGACUUCCACGAUGGGGGGGAUUUUAAUUUCAGUUCUGAUCAUAACGAGGCAGCUAUGUCACCGGACAAUAGUAAGACCAGGCUGCAACUGCCAUUGAGCUGUGAUCCUCCUGGUCCCUCUAACCCCUCAAAGCAGCUCGUGUGGAUUAUCUUUGGAAGUACAGGUCACAUGGGCCGCAGCCUAGCCCGAUCUUGCCUCAACCAAGGAGAUCUCGUUGUAGCCGUGGGACGCACCUUUGAGAAUACCCUCGAGUCCAUGCAAGGCUGGCAUGAGAACUGUCUCGGCACCCUCUGUGACGUCCGAGCACGCGAGUCGGUCCAAGAAGUCCUUGAAAGGGCGAUUCAGCAUUUCGGUCACGUUGAUGUGAUUGCCAAUUGCUCGGGUUAUGGAGUCAUUGGAGCAUGCGAGGACCAGGAUGAACAUGAAAUUCGGAAUCAAUUCGAAACAAACUUUAUGGGCACAUUACAUAUUAUUCAGUUGAGUCUACCAUAUUUCAGAGAGCAGGGAGCAGGUCGAUAUCUUAUCUUCAGUUCUACAUCUGGAGCUUUAGGCGUACCAGGCCUGGGGCCGUAUUGUGCUACGAAGUAUGCCGUGGAGGGACUCAUCGAAGCAAUGCUCUAUGAAAUCGACUCAUUCAACAUCAAGGCUACUCUUGUCGAGCCUGGGCUGGUUCGAAGAGACGAGCCGGAUUGGGCUAAGAGUCCACUCCCGACUUGGGGACAUUUUUUGAUCAAGCCAGCGAGUGAGCCAUAUUCGCAAGCUACCUCCCCAGCUCUGCACGCAAAGAGAAUGGUCCAAUGGCUGGGGGACAAGCAGCCUACGAGUGCGGUGAAGUGCGCUGAGCUGGUCUGGCAACUAGGACAUUGUUCAUACCCACCACUACGAUUAUUGCUUGGGAGCUAUGCCAUUGAGAGUAUCCGGGAUCGUCUCAGAUCGAUCAUUGAAGAGCUAGAAGAUUGGAAGCAUUUGCAUUUCCCCGUAGCACCCGAUGCCCAACUCAACGACGAGAAGGACGAAGGGAGUGAGGAUGCUGGACGAAGAGACAGUCUCAUAAACCAAGAAGAGCGGAAGCAAGAUUGA